CCCAGAGCCUGCCUCCCUGCUUUAGCACCGGCAGUAUGACCCCGUUCUCUCUCAAGUUCCUGUCGUUGCUGCUACUGCUGCUGCCGCUGUUGAAGGUCCCAAGAGCAAUACGGGCGUCUCCUUACCAAGUGACCUCCGGGACGGCGGCCACCUGUAAGGUCCAGGACCUGUGUCUUCGGGGACCUGUCAAGGAACCACCUGCACCACCUGUCAAUAUCACCCUGUACUAUGAGUCCCUGUGCGGAGCUUGUCGUUACUUCCUAGUCCGAGAUCUCUUUCCCACGUGGCUGAUGGUCAUGGAGAUUCUCAAUGUUACCCUGGUGCCCUAUGGAAACGCUCAGGAACAAAAUGUCAGCGGCACAUGGGAAUUUUCAUGUCAGCAUGGUGAGCUGGAGUGCAAGCUGAACAAGGUGGAGGCCUGCCUGUUGGACAUGUUGGACAAGAACGUGGCCUUCCUAACCAUUGUGUGCAUGGAGGAGUUGGAUGAGAUGGAAAAGAAUCUGAAACCGUGCCUGGAGCUGUAUGCCCCACAGGUGUCACCAGAAAGCAUCAUGGAGUGUGCACUGGGGGAACGCGGCACACAGCUCCUGCACAUCAAUGCUGAGCUCACCAAUGCCCUGCAGCCGCCCCACGAGUAUGUGCCCUGGGUCCUUGUCAAUGGGAAACCUCUGAAAGACACCAGCCAGCUCCUGAGCCUCACCUGCCAGUUGUACCAGGGCGAGAGGAAGCCGGAUGUCUGCUCCUCCAUGGCUGACCCCCCCAGGGAGGUGUGCUUCAAGUGAUGACCAGCAUUCCAAGAGGGAGUUGAGACAGGAACAGCAAGAGCCCAGCUGUCCCCUUUAUCUGAUCUGCAGCCCUCAGAUAACUGGAAAGCUUUUAUGCAUCCCACAAAACUCAUAGCCAAAAUUCCACCCCCAACCAAGAGCCUUGCUUCACUAAAAAUGGUGCUGAAUGUAAAUUCAUUGGCACAUGUAUCUAGA